AUGGGACCCGCUGCCCUCAGGAACAACUCUGUGGGCGAAACCUAUUGUUUUUACAUUCCCUCUCCUAAAAUACUAUGUGUCGUAACUGAUUUGACCCCUAACCUUUUUCUUUUCUCCUGUUUUUGCACAGAGGCUCUGAAGGAAGUCGCUGAGAUAGCCACUCAGCUCCAGAGCAGCCUGAUCCGACUGGAGAACUUCCAGAAGCUGACAGAGCUGCAGAGAGACCUGAUCGGCAUAGAGAACCUGACGGCACCAGGCAGAGAGUUCAUACGAGAGGGAUGUCUGUACAAGCUGACUAAGAAGGGGCUGCAGCAGAGGAUGUUUUUCCUGUUCUCUGACAUGCUCCUCUACACCAGUAAAGGUGUCACAGCAACCAAUCAGUUCAAAGUGCACGGACAGCUGCCUCUUCACGGCAUGAUCCUCAUUGUGCUGGACGCACCGGUUGAGGAGAGUGAGAACGAGUGGUCUGUCCCUCACUGCUUCACCAUCUACUCCGCUCAGAGAACCAUCGUCGUGGCUGCCAGCUCUAAAGUGGAGAUGGGGAAGUGGAUCGAGGAUCUGAAUCUGGCUAUCGACGCGGCCAAGAACGAAAAGUCCAGCAUCUUCCUGGACGUCGGCGAUCACUCCAAUCGCUCGUCUGAUGAGGUUUCUCUGGAGCAGGAGUCGGAGGACGACAUGAACUCGUCCAGGACGUCACUGGACAAGCAGACGCACCAUCGUGCAAACACGACCAUGCACGUGUGCUGGCACCGCAACACCAGUGUUUCUAUGUCUGAUCACAGCCUGGCUGUGGAGAACCAGCUCUCUGGUUACCUGCUGAGGAAGUUCAAGAACAGUAACGGCUGGCAGAAACUCUGGGUCGUGUUCACCAACUUCUGCCUGUUCUUCUACAAGACUCAUCAGGACGACUUCCCACUGGCAAGUCUCCCUCUGCUGGGCUACACAGUCAGCACCCCCGAGGACUCCGACAGCAUCCACAAGGACUACGUCUUCAAACUGCAGUUCAAGUCCCACGUCUACUUCUUCCGGGCAGAGAGCGAGUACACCUUUGAAAGAUGGAUGGAGGUGAUCAAGAGUGCAGCCAGCACCACGGGCCGGAUUAUCCUGCUCAUACCUAAAGAAGGAGGAGGUCUCGUGGAGAUGAACGGAAAAUGAGUGGAAUGCUGUGUGUGUGUGUGUGUGUGUGUGUGUGUGUGUGUGUGUGUGUGUGUGUGUGUGUGUGUG